AUGCGUGUGGAUCAUCCUUCAUCGCGGCUGUCAUGGACCGGCAUAUUCAUAACAGCAUUACUGGGUGCAUGGAAAGCACAGGCGGUAGAACUCGACAUUGAUGAUGAUGAUUCCAUCAAGAGUGCCGCCAAACAAAUCGCGACCAACAUGAUGACCUAUUACACCGGCAUGAAUCCGGGCGAUAAUCCCGGUAACCUGCCUACUCCUUACUACUGGUGGGAAGCCGGAGCAAUGUUCAACGCCUUGAUUGACUAUUGGUUCUACACACGCGACGAAACCUGGAACAACAUCACUAUGCAGGGUAUGAUGUGGCAGGCUGGCAAUACCGGUACCUUCAUGCCGCCAAACCAAACCUUGACUGAAGGCAACGAUGAUCAAGCAUUUUGGGCAUUUGCUGCCAUGUCUGCCGCAGAACGAAACUUUCCCAAUCCUCCGAGUGGCCAGCCUCAGUGGCUCGAAAUGGCACAGGCUGUUUUCAAUACACAGGCUGCGCGAUGGGACAUGUCCACCUGUGGUGGUGGUCUACGCUGGCAAAUCUUCGACUGGAACCGCGGUUAUGACUACAAAAACACAAUUUCCACAGGUGGAUUCUUUAACCUGGCUGCUCGCCUAGCCCGAUAUACGAAGAACGAAACCUAUUCGAACUGGGCGGAGAAGGCUUGGGACUGGACCUCAGCUGUGGGAUUUAGGACCCCCGAUUAUCACUUUUGGGAUGGCGCCAGCGAUACCAACAAUUGCACCCAGAUGAACCAGAUUGAAUGGACCUACAACUCCGGGACGUUCUUGCUCGGGGCAGCCAACAUGUAUAAUAUUACUGAGGAUCCGAAGUGGAAGGAUCGUAUCGAGAAGAUCAUCGAGGCCUCCGAAGUAUUCUUCACGCAAACUCCGCCAAACGUCAUGUACGAGCGAGCCUGUGAGACGGUCAACACCUGUAUGGUCGACCAGCGAUCAUUCAAGGGCUAUUUCGCGAGGUGGAUGGCUGCAACCACCCAGGCCGCCCCAUUCACCUAUGAUCUAGUGAUGCCAAAACUGAGGGCCUCGGCUUCAGCCGCAGCCAAAACUUGUACUGGUGGCGACCAGCACACGACCUGCGGUCUGAAAUGGACAGAGGAGAAAUGGGACAACAGCAGGGACUUUGGUCAGCAAAUGGCUGCCUUGGAAGUCAUCCAGGCCAACCUGAUCACUAAAGUGGCAGCACCAGUUACCGAUGACAAUGGUGGCACAAGUAAAGGAAACCCGAACGCAGGCGCCACGCCUGAAGACCCUCGGCCCCACGUCCUCACAAUGCCUAUUACCACGGCUGAUAAGGCUGGCGCGGGUAUUCUCACGGCUCUGAUGAUGGUUGGUAUUGCCAGUUCCACUGGGUUCCUCAUCUGGGAUACGUAA